AUGAAGAGGCCGCUCGAUGUUGCCACUGAAGAAGCACCGAAGGUUGAUUUGAGCGACAACAAGAGAUACUUCGAGGUCGUUUGGAGGAAACAGACGAUGAAGAAGCACAAGACCUGGGAUGGGGAUGGCGUCGUGGUGUUAUCUGCCACGGACGUGCUGUUUAAGCUAGAUGAAUCUGAAAACUACAAACAGCGUUCAAAGAGUGGUAAUGUGUCCAAGUUUACUACUGAUGGCGUGUUCUCUAUGGGCUCUUUUGAAUUAGAAGUCACGGGUGAGAUAACUGAUGCUGUGCAGAUAGAGAAAAUAAGGCAAAGCUCCAAGAACAUCGAACACAAAUCUGAUGAUGAACAUGUGGUUGAGAGACCCUUGAAGAGACCAAUCACUGUCCAGAGGAGGACCUUGGCUACGCCCAAUACUCAAUUCAAAGCCGUUGGUCCAAAGGUUGGGGAAACUGUCAAACCAGAGCACUUCAAACCUUUACAUGAUCCUCAUGCUGAUGGCGCCAUUGUCAUGAAGAAACGGAACGAAAACGACACCGAUGUGGUUCUGGAUCCAUUGUUGUGUGAAUCCCUUAGACAGCACCAAAUUAAAGGUGUCAAGUUUCUUUAUGAAUGCAUGAUGGAUCUUCGUGGAUUCGGAGGCCAUGGGGCACUUUUGGCCGAUGAUAUGGGACUGGGGAAGACAUUACAGACAAUAACUCUGAUUUGGACUCUAUUGAAACAGUCACCAAGGGGGUUUGAGCACCCAGAGGUUUCAAAAGUAUUGAUUGCAUGUCCUGUGACCCUUGUGGCCAAUUGGAAAAGAGAAUUUAAGAAAUGGUUACCGGCGAACAGGGUAAAUGUACUUACGCUUCACAGCAAGAAUACAUUGGCAAAGGAUAAACAGGAUAUAAAGAACUUUUCAAGGGCUAAAGUCUAUCAAGUUCUCAUAAUGGGGUAUGAAAAGAUAGUCAACAUGAAAGAAGAGUUAUCACAGUGUGGAUUUGAUUUGCUAGUUUGUGAUGAAGGUCAUAGACUUAAAAACAACUCAAACAAGACACUCCAAGCGUUGAAUUCGUUAGACGUGGAGAAAAAAAUUCUCCUUUCAGGAACUCCAAUUCAAAAUGAUCUUGUGGAACUUUUUACUAUGAUUGAUUUCAUCAAUCCUGGAAUACUCGGUACAUACAGCCAGUUCAAGAGAGAUUUCAUGAAUCCAAUUUUACGAGCUCGAGAUACAAAUUGCCAUGACCCAGAUAUCGUGCAGCAUGGCGAGGAUAAAUCACUCGAGUUGAUUUCAAUUACAAAACCAUUCAUACUAAGAAGAACUUCAAAGGUGAUGUCGAACCAUCUCCCACCACGGACUGAUGUUGUUUUAUUCUGUCCACCGACAUCACUUCAGUUGAACCUGUUUCAAAGAGUAAUAAAUUCACAGAACUUUCUAACUAUGACGAGCUCUGAAAUGUCAUCAUCUUCUUGUUUGGGCUUGAUCACAAUGUUCAAAAAGAUAUGUAACUCACCAUCCUUGGUCAUUGGCGAUGAGCUUUUCAAAGGGUUUGUGAGUGAGCCAAAUAUUGCACAAACUGUGAGUGGUAAAAUCACUGUUCUUUUGGAACUUUUAAAGGAAAUUCAUCAAAUUGGAGAGAAAGUUGUUAUAGUUUCAAAUUAUACAAAGACAUUAGACAUCAUCCAAUCUCAUUUGCAGAAGUUAAACUUUGAGUAUUUAAGACUUGAUGGUUCAACUCCGAAUAAAGAGCGUGAUCCGUUAGUUGCAAGGUUUAACAACUCUACUUCAAACUCAUCAUUUGCAUUUCUUUUAUCAGCUCAAUCCGGUGGUGUGGGAUUAAACCUAAUCGGGGCAUCAAGGUUAAUUCUAUUUGACAAUCACUGGAAUCCCUCUGUUGACUUACAAGCGAUGGCUAGAAUCCAUAGGGAUGGACAGAAGCGUCCUGUUUUCAUUUACAGACUAAUCACUUCUGGUUGUAUCGAUGAGAAGAUUUUUCAAAGGCAGUUGAUGAAGAGCAAUCUGUCUGAUAAGUUCUUGGACAAUAAACAUAGCUCCAAAGAUAACGUGUUCUCCAUGGAAGAUCUUAAAGAUCUAUUCACAGUAAACAGAGAUACACAAUGCAACACCCACGACUUGGUCGAAUGCUCAUGUGGUGGGACAGGAGAAGAACUUGUUAUCGAAGAUGAUGAAAUUCAGCAAAAGGAGAACACCGUACCAAAACUUGAAAGACAAGUAAGCUGGACAAGUGCGCUAGAGAUCAAGAACAACCCCAUCGAAGAUAAAGCUGAAAAAGAGAGGAAGUCCACUAUCAAGAUGUGUCUGUCUGAUUAUAGACAUUUAGAUCCACGCAUUAUCAACAUUCACGAUACAUCCAUUGGGGACACUGUUGUCGAAUCACUAAUUGAAAAGAACCGUACACAUGUGAGUUAUAUUUUAACAAAAGUCAACAAGCGUAUAUGA